AUACAAGGGGGGACGGGGUGGCCGAGCGGUCUAAUUCGUCGGCUGCGGAGCAGCUGGAUCCGGUUCGAUCCUCGGCCACUGGGCGGCAUUUUUCUCCGGGUAAGUCACGGUGUCCGGAGAACAAGUGCUGCCAUCCCCCCCACCCCGGGGCAUGGCAGAAACCUACGGGUGCCCCAUUAAAAAUUCUGCCAAUCAGGCGCCGGGCUUACUCCCGAACUUACAUACGCCAUACGAAAAAAAAAAAUUAAUACAAGAAAAAAUUGUAGCAAACAUAAAAGAAGCAGGAAUAUACUCCAUUCAAAUUGACAGCACUCAAGAUGUAUCAGUUAAAGAUCAGCUAUCAAUAAUUAUACGCUACGUAACAGAUCGAGUUGAAGAGCAUCUAUUAUCAAUGGUGGAAAGUCAUUCAGGCGAGGGACGCAAUUUAUUUGAAUUAACUGAAAAAACGUUAUUAUUACAUGAUCUUGACAUAGCUAAUUGCAUUUCAGAUAGCACAGAUGGUGCAUCAAACAUGCAAGGUCAGUAUGCAGGAUUCACUACAUGGCUUGAAAAUAAAUCUCCAGGACAUAUCCAUACAUGGUGUUACGCACACGUGCUGAAUUUAGUUAUGAAAGAUACUAGUGAGACUAAUGUGCCCUCCAUUAGUUUAUUUGGUCUGAUAAAUAAAUGUGCUGUAUUUUUUCGUGAAUCAUAUCGUAGAAUGGACACCUGGGUUAAUCAAUUAGAAAAAUGUCAUUCAAAACAAAAUUCAUUAAAACGUUUGAUCAAAGCAAAUUCAACACGAUGGUGGUCAAAGAGUAAUGCACUUAAUAGAAUUUUUGGCCAGUAUGGAAAUUCAGAUACAGCACUGUUUGUAGAUUUAGUUCAUUCAUUAUAUUUAAUAUCGUCUUCAGAAAAAUUUAAUAAAAACACUAGAUCUGAUGCUUUGACAUUACUUAACAGCUUAACUAAAUUUGAGAUUAUAAUAACAGCCAAUAUUUAUUUAAAAAUAUUUCAAACAACCAAUCCUUUGUCCAACUAUUUACAAACGUCUGGACUAGAUUUUAUGCAAGCUCAUCGUUUAGUACGGUCGUCGAUUGAUACAUUAAAAAAACAAUCCAGAUGUUUUGAAGAUAUAUAUGAAACUGCUAAAACUUUCGCAGUCAUUCAAAACAGAAAGUUAGAAGAAAUGGAUUCUGAAGUUGAGGUAGAAACAUCAUUUUCGCUCACUAGAUAUCGUGGUAAAAAAGAUAAAUAUAAAACUAAAACUACUGAUGAAUUACCAACUGACGCAGCCCAACGAUAUAAAAUAAGUGGUUUUAAUUGCAUAAUGGAUUCUAUUAUUUCAAGCUUACAGGAACGAUUUACUAAGCACAAGGACUUGUACACCGACAUGUCAUUGUUUGACCCUCGAAAUUUUCCAAUGAAACCUGAAAGUAUUUCAGGAAAAAAUAUUUUUAAAAAAAUAACUCAGCUUAUAUGUCAGCAUUUGAGUGAAAAUGAAAAGUCAGAGUUCGGUGAUGAUGAAUCUCGUAUGACAGAACGUAUUGAAGUUUUAUUACGAGAUGAGUUAAUAGAUUUUUCACAAAAAUGGCCCAAUAUUAAGAAAACUAUUCAAGAUGAAUAUGAACACGAAAACCUCGAUAAUCCAGACAGUGGUGAUGAAAAUGAUGAAUCGGAGUCUGUAGUGAACGACGUAUGCACUAUAAUUAAAAAGGAGUCUUGCAGAAAUUGUUUGAGAUGUUGUUUUACUUUAUUACAUAAGUAUAAUAUGUAUAGUAAAGCAUAUGUUAUGCUAUAUAAAGCUUAUAAAAUAUUAUUAACUUUAUCCAUUACGCAAGUAGCUUGUGAACGAUCCUUCUCAAAAUUAAAGCAGGUGAAAACCGUUUAUAGGAACAGUAUGACACAGGACAACCUAGAAGCUUUUGUUUUAAUGGCUACAGAAAAAAGUAUUUUAAGUGAUAUACCAUACCAAAUUGUUAUAGACCGUUUAGCCCAAAAAAGCAAAACACUCCAUAAAUUAUUAAUUCCUUGAGCUAAUAAA